AUGGGCCAGAUUGACAGCCCCCAGAGGAAGGACCGAUCUUUGGGUGGAUCCGAUAUCCCCGAGCGUUCGGGUGCAAACGCCUGCAGUCAGGCUGCAGGAGCGCACUCUUCCCUGGUUGAGAACGGGGCCGGUCUGCUUUUCUCCUCGCCCUUCGAAGGACCGGGUGGCACCCCGGGGUGCGGCAACCCCCUGGUUGAGAGUCCGGCUUUCCUCCCCACGCCACACCGUUCAAAGGAUCGGGUGGUCCUGAGCCCGGGUGGAUCGACCCUGCCUUCCACCCCCGUGUCUCAGCCAGUAUCGCUUCUCAAAAAUGAUGAAAAUGGGAAUUGCCCUGAAGAGGGUAUUGAGUUUCCUACAACCAAUUUGUAUGAACUGGAGAGCAGAGUUUUAACAGAUCACUGGUCCAUACCUUACAAGCGUGAAGAAUCACUAGGCAAGUGCCUAAUUGCAUCUACCUGCUUAGCAAGGCUUGGCCUUUCUGAUUCCGAUGAGAAUUGCAAGAGAUUUAUGGACAGGUGUAUGCCUGAAGCAUUUAAAAAGCUCCUGACAUCAAGUGCUGUUCAUAAAUGGGGAACUGAAAUCCAUGAGGGAAUCUACAAUAUGCUGAUGCUGCUAGUUGAUUUGGUUGCAGAAAGAGUAAAACAGGACCCAGUUCCUGUUGGGCUUCUGGGUGUGCUUACGAUGGCAUUUAAUCCUGACAACGAGUAUCAUUUCAAGAAUCGAAUGAAGGUGUGCCAGAGGAAUUGGGCAGAAGUCUUUGGGGAAGGAAAUAUGCAUGCUGUCUCGCCCAUAUCUACUUUCCAGAAGGAACCACACGGGUGGCUCGUGGAUCUGGUAAACAGAUUUGCAGAGUUGGGUGGAUUUUCAGCAAUUCAGUCUAAACUGAACUCAGAAGAUAUUGAACUUGGGGCAGUCUCUGCAUUAGUUCAGCCACUCGGAGUGUGUGCAGAGUAUCUCAACUCCUCUGUAGUGCAGCCCAUGCUGGAUCCAGUCAUUCAUAAAAUGAUUAAAUAUGUACAAAAUGUGGAAGAAAAGGACCUAAAAGACAAGAGGCUAGUUAGUAUCCCUGAGCUCUUGUCUGGCAUCAAGCUCCUAUGCAUGCGCUUCCAGCCUGACCUGGUAACGGUAGUAGAUGACCUACGACUGGACAUCCUGUUGCGCAUGUUGAAGUCUCCUCACUUCAGUGCAAAAAUGAAUUCCCUCAAAGAAGUAACCAAAUUAAUAGAAGACAGCACUGUAUCCAAAUCGGUGAAGAAUGCAAUAGAUACUGACCGAUUAUUAAACUGGCUAGUAGAAAAUUCUGUUUUAUCAAUUGCGCUAGAAGGCAAUAUAGACCAAGCGCAAUACUGUGACCGCAUAAAGGGAAUUAUUGAACUGUUAGGCAGUAAAUUAUCUUUAGAUGAGCUCACUAAGAUUUGGAGGAUACAGUCAGGACAAUCAUCCACUGUGAUUGAAAACAUUCAUACUAUUAUUGCUGCAGCUGCUGUGAAGUUCAGCUCUGAUCAACUUAAUCAUCUGUUUGUUCUUAUUCAGAAUAGUUGGGAGAUUGAGAGCGAUAGAGUGCGACAGAAACUACUGAGCCUUAUAGGACGCAUUGGUCGGGAAGCGCGCAUUGAGACAACCACCGGAAAGGUCUUGGAGGUGCUUUGGGAACUGGCCCAUCUUCCAACAUUACCCUGUAAUCUAAUUCAGCAGGCCUUGGAGGAACAUCUGACAAUCCUUAGUGAUGCUUAUGCAGUGAAAGAGGCAAUCAAAAGAAGCUACAUCAUCAAGUGCAUUGAAGAUAUUAAAAGGUCAUCCCAACACAACAAUCCCCAGUUUGUGUGGGUGGUGCCAGCUUUACGUCAGCUCCAUGAAAUCACACGCUCGUUUAUCAAGCAAACAUACCAAAAGCAAGACAAGAGCAUCAUUCAAGAUUUGAAGAAAAAUUUUGAGAUAGUGAAGCUGGUGACAGGAAGCCUAAUAUCGUGUCAUCGAUUGGCUGCAUCUGUAGCAGGUCCUGGAGGACUUGUUGGAACAACAUUAGUGGAUGGCCGAUACACCUACCGGGAGUACCUAGAGGCACAUCUAAAAUUUUUAGCAUUUUUUCUGCAAGAAGCCACCCUCUACUUGGGUUGGAAUCGUGCCAGGGAAAUCUGGGAAUGCCUUGUGACUGGUCAGGAUGUUUGCGAGUUAGAUCGUGAGAUGUGCUUUGAGUGGUUUACAAAAGGUCAGCACGAUCUGGAGAGUGACGUGCAACAGCAGCUCUUCAAAGAGAAAAUUCUUAAGCUGGAGUCGUAUGAAAUCACAAUGAAUGGUUUCAGUUUAUUUAAGACGUUCUUUGAGAAUGUGAAUCUGUGUGAUCAUCGACUAAAGAGGCAGGGAACUCAAUUGAGUGUAGAAAAACUGGAAUUAAUAGGAAUGGAUUUUAUUUGGAAAAUUGCAAUGGAAUCUCCUGAUGAAGAAAUUGCAAAUGAAGCCAUUCAAUUGAUCAUAAAUUAUAGCUAUAUUAAUUUAAAUCCAAGACUGAAAAAGGAUUCAGUGUCACUACACAAGAAAUUUAUUGCUGAUUGUUAUACGAGAUUAGAGGCAGCCAGUUCAGCACUUGGUGGUCCAACAUUAACACAUGCUGUUACGAGGGCUACAAAAAUGCUUACAGCAACUGCUAUGCCUACUGUAGCAACGUCAGUACAGUCUCCCUACAGGUCAACUAAACUUGUAAUAAUUGAGAGGCUGCUACUUUUGGCGGAACGCUAUGUGAUAACCAUAGAGGAUCUUUACUAUGUUCCUCGAACUAUUCUACCUCAUGGUGCCUCUUUCCAUGGACAUCUCUUAACGCUUAAUGUUACAUACGAAUCUACCAAAGAUACCUUCACUAUAGAGGCUCACAGCAAUGAAACUGUGGGAAGUGUCAGAUGGAAGAUAGCAAAACUGCUGAAUUCUCCUGUGGAUAAUAUCCAGAUAUUUGCAAAUGAUAGUCUGCUCACAGUAAAUAAAGAUCAGAAGCUGCUCCACCAGCUGGGCUUCUCAGAUGAGCACAUGCUAACAGUAAAAACAUCAGGAAGUGGAACCCCAUCAGGGAGCUCUGCAGAUUCCUCAGCCAGCUCCAGUAAUAGCAGUGGUGUCUUCAGUUCAUCAUAUGUAAUGGAACAGGAGAAAUCCCUUCCUGGAGUAGUAAUGGCUCUCGUGUGUAAUGUAUUUGACAUGCUAUAUCAGCUUGCCAACCUAGAGGAGCCAAGGAUAACGUUGCGAGUACGAAAGCUUCUGCUGUUAAUUCCUACUGACCCAGCUAUUCAGGAAGCACUUGAUCAACUAGAUUCUCUGGGAAGAAAGAAAACACUGCUGUCAGAAUCAAGUUCUCAAUCUUCAAAAUCCCCCUCUUUGUCUUCAAAACACCAACACCAGCCCAGUGCUAGCUCAAUAUUGGAAAGUCUCUUCAGAUCUUUCGCUCCAGGCAUGUCCACCUUUAGAGUGCUCUACAACUUGGAGGUUCUGAGCUCCAAGCUGAUGCCAACUGCAGAUGAUGAAAUGGCAAGAAACUGUGCCAAAUCUUUCUGUGAAAACUUCCUCAGGGCAGGAGGAUUAAGCUUGGUUGUAAAUGUGAUGCAGAGAGACUCCAUACCCUCAGAAGUGGACUAUGAAACAAGACAGGGAGUCUAUUCCAUCUGUCUACAACUUGCCAGGUUCUUGCUUGUUGGCCAAACAAUGCCUACCUUACUAGAUGAUGAUUUCCUUAAGGAUGGAGUAGAAGCUCUGUCCUCGCGUCCCUUCCGUAACGUGAGCCGGCAGGCUAGCAGACAGAUGUCCAUUUGUGGAACGCCCGAGAAGUCAUCCUACCGACAGCUGUCAGUAUCUGACAGAUCCUCCAUUCGGGUGGAAGAGAUCAUACCUGCUGCCCGAGUUGCAAUCCAAACUAUGGAGGUUAAUGAUUUCACAUCUACGGUGGCUUGUUUCAUGAGACUUUCUUGGGCUGCUGCUGCAGGACGGCUUGACCUAGUGGGGAGCAGUCAACCAAUAAAAGAAAGCAACACUUUAUUUCCUGCUGGGAUUCGAAACAGGCUCAGCAGCUCAGGAAGCAAUUGCAGUUCAGGAAGCGAAGGAGAGCCAACAGCCCUCCAUGCUGGAAUCUGUGUGAGACAGCAGUCUGUAUCCACCAAAGAUGCUCUGAUUGCUGGAGAGGCCUUGUCUCUGUUAGUUACGUGCUUACAGCUACGCAGCCAGCAGUUAGGAUCUUUCUACAACUUGCCUUGUGUUGCUGAUUUCAUCAUUGACAUUCUCCUUGGAUCACCAAGUGCUGAGAUUCGUCGGGUUGCCUGUGACCAGUUAUACACCCUUAGUCAGACAGACACGUCAACUCAUCCAGAUGUACAGAAACCAAACCAGUUUCUUCUGAGCGUCAUUCUCACUGCCCAGUUGCCUCUAUGGUCACCAACCAGCAUCAUGAGAGGAAUCAACCAGAGACUCUUGUCUCAGUGCACAGAAUAUUUUGAUCUGCGGUGCCAGUUGCUGGACGAUCUCACGUCUUCAGAAAUGGAGCAGUUAAAGAUCAGCCCAGCUGCCAUGCUAGAAGAUGAGAUCACGUGGCUGGAUAACUUUGAACCCAACCGCACAGCUGAGUGCGAGACUAGUGAAGCUGACAACAUUUUGUUAGCGGGACACUUGAGGCUCAUUAAGACUCUCCUUUCACUGUGUGGGGCAGAGAAGGAAAUGCUUGGUUCAUCUUUGAUUAAACCAUUGUUGGAUGAUUUCCUCUUCCGAGCAUCCAGGAUUAUCCUGAAUAGCCAUUCUGCGGCUGGCAGUGCUGCCCUCACUCAGCAGGACUUUCACCCAAAGUGCAGUACAGUGGAUAGUCGAUUAGCAGCUUAUGAAGUCCUAGUAAUGUUGGCUGAUAGCUCACCUACCAAUCUUCAGCUGAUCACAAAAGAGCUGCUUUCUAUGCACCAUCAGUCUGACCCUGCUCUUACGAAGGAGUUUGAUUAUCUUCCACCAGUGGAUAGUCGAUCCAUUUCAGGAUUUGUAGGACUGAAGAAUGGUGGUGCUACUUGUUAUAUGAAUGCAGUCUUCCAGCAGCUCUACAUGCAGCCAGGUCUCCCUGAGGCGUUGCUUUCCAUUGAUGAUGAUACAGACAAUCCAGAUGACAACGUAUUCUAUCAAGUUCAGUCUCUCUUCGGUCAUUUGAUGGAAAGCAAGUUGCAGUAUUACGUACCUGAGAACUUUUGGAAGAUUUUCAAGAUGUGGAAUAAAGAACUUUAUGUUCGAGAGCAACAGGAUGCCUAUGAAUUCUUUACAAGCCUUAUAGAUCAGAUGGAUGAAUACCUCAAGAAAAUAGGUCGAGACCAAGUAUUUAAGAACACAUUUCAGGGCGUCUUCUCUGACCAGAAGAUCUGUAAGGACUGUCCUCACAGGUAUGAGCGUGAGGAGCCCUUCAUGGCUCUCAAUCUAGGAGUUACUUCAUGCCAGAGUCUGGAAAUAUCAUUGGACCAGUUUGUUAGAGGAGAAGUUCUGGAGGGAAGUAAUGCUUACUACUGUGAGAAGUGUAAAGAAAAGAGAACGACAGUGAAACGCACCUGCAUUAAAGUUCUCCCCAGUGUCUUGGUGAUCCACCUGAUGAGGUUUGGAUUUGAUUGGGAAAGUGGACGAUCCAUCAAAUAUGAUGAACAGAUAAGGUUCCCAUGGAUGCUGAACAUGGAGCCUUACACAGUGUCAGGAAUGGCUCGCCAAGAUUCCUCCUUAGAAGUUGGUGACAAUGGGAGAAACACAGAUCAGGGAGGUGGAGGAUCCCCACGGAAAAAAGUUGCCCCUACAGAAAACUACGAGCUCGUUGGUGUGAUUGUGCACAGCGGCCAGGCACACGCAGGGCACUACUAUUCCUUUAUUAAGGACAGGAGGGGAUGUGGAAAAGGAAAAUGGUACAAAUUUAAUGACACCGUUGUUGAAGAAUUUGAGUUAACUGAUGAAACCUUAGAAUAUGAAUGUUUUGGCGGAGAGUAUAGACCUAAAGUCUAUGAUCAAUCUAACCCUUACCCUGAUGUGCGUCGGCGUUACUGGAAUGCCUACAUGCUCUUCUACCAGAGAGUCUCUGAUCAAAACUCUCCUGUUUUACCAAAGAAAAGCCGAGUUAGUGUUGUACGUCAAGAAGCUGAGGAUCUCUCUCUAUCUGCUCCAUCUUCACCAGAAAUUUCACCUCAGUCAUCACCUCGACCCCACAGACCCAGCAGUGACCGUCUCUCCAUCUUGACUAAAUUAGUUAGAAAAGGGGAGAAGAAAGGGCUCUUUGUAGAGAAAAUGCCUGUGCGGAUAUAUCAGAUGGUGAGAGAUGAGAAUCUGAAAUUCAUGAAGAAUAGAGAUGUGUACAGUAGUGACUACUUCAGUUUUGUUCUGUCGUUAGCCUCGCUGAAUGCCACCAAAGUAAAACACCCAUAUUAUGCAUGUAUGGCAAAGGUGAGCUUACAGCUAGCCGUCCAGUUCCUGUUCCAAACCUAUCUACGAACCAAGAAAAAACUCAGGUCUGAUACAGAAGAAUGGAUUGCUACCAUUGAUGCUUUGCUUUCUAAAAGUUUUGAUGCUUGUCAGUGGCUUGUUGAGUAUUUGGUUGGGUCAGAGGGACGAGAACUUGUAAAGACUUUCCUGCUGGAGUGCAGUGUGAGAGAGGUGAGAGUUGCUGUAGCUACCGUUCUUGAAAAGACUCUAGACAGUGCCUUGCUCCAUCAGGAUAAGCUAAAAAGUCUACAUCAGUUACUUGAGGUGCUACUUGCUUUGUUGGAUAAAGAUGUUCCCGAGAACUGUAAAAACUGUGCGCAGUACUUCUUACUGUUCAACAACUUUGUACAAAAGCAGGGCAUAAGGGCUAGCGAUCUUCUUCUCAGACAUUCUGCCUUAAGGCAUAUGAUCAACUUCCUCCUUGGCCCCAACCGGCAGAAUAACCAGAACCGCAGGUGGAGCUCACCACAAGCUCGUGAGUUUGGAUACCUUCACAAUACUGUGGCGCUGCUUGUUUUGCACUCUGACGUCUCCUUGCAGAGGAGCAUGGCUCCUGGUCUCUUUAAACAACGUCCACCUCUCAGCAUCACUGCCUCAGGUCCACUUCUGGCCCUCCAUGAAGAAGUGGAAGCCUUGUUGUUCUUGCCUGAAGGGAAGCCUUAUCUAAUGGAGGUGAUGCACGCUUUACGGGAGCUAACUGGAUCGCUGUCAGCUCUCAUUGAGAUGGCGGUAUACUGCUGCUUUUGUAAUGAGCACUUUUCCUUCACCAUGCUACAUUUCAUCAAGAACCAGCUGGAAACUGCUCCACCUCAUGAACUGAAGAACACAUUCCAGUUACUUCAUGAGAUAUUGGUUAUUGAAGACCCCUUACAAGUAGACCGGAUCAAGUUUGCAUUUGAAACUGAUAAAGGUUUGCUAGCUUUGAUGCACCAUAGUAAUCACGUGGAUAGCAGUCGCUGCUAUCAGUGUGUCAAGUUCCUGGUUACUCUUGCUCAGAAGUGCCCAACUGCAAAAGACUAUUUCAAGGAGAAUUCACAUCACUGGAGCUGGGCUGUACAGUGGCUGCAGAAGAAGAUGUCUGAACACUACUGGGCUCCACAGAGUAACGUGUCCAAUGAAACCUCAACUGCAAAAACCUUCCAGCGCACAAUUUCUGCACAGGACACACUGGCGUAUGCCACAGCCUUGCUGAAUGAAAAGGAUCAGUCAGGAAGCAGUAAUGGAUCAGAAAGCAGUCCGGCCAAUGAGAACGGAGAGAGAGCUCUACAGCAGGGCUCAGAGUCUCCCAUGAUGAUUGGUGAGCCUAAAAGUGACCUUGAUGAUGUUGACCCUUAGAGGAUAUCUGCAAAACUCAAGAUUUCAACUCGGAAUAGUUUAAUGCCUCGUAUCUUUUUGAAACUGGAGUCCCAUCACUUUACACCUUUUGGAGGAGUCUGGAGAAGAGACUGCUUUAUUUGAAUGGAUGGUAACCUUCAAGGAUGUAUUUUCCUUUGGAGUUAAAAGCUUUUUCAGCUGCGAAGGCUUGUGAACGGUAAAUGUCACAAAGAAGUACAUCUUCCCCUGCAGUAUUUAGUGUGACAGUCCAGAUGCAGAGAAGCAGUUUGUCGAGCGGAUUUUAUCAAAUACACAAAAGCUAGUGGUUGAAAAUUUUAUGUGAACAUUUAAAUGAGUGAAUGUAAAACUGUUGCUUUUUCUGUGAUGCUGCAAAAAAAAAAAAAUCUCUUGGUUUUUAUACAGGAAAACAAAAUCAGACUGCCUUUAGGUAUGGAGGGCAAAUUUUUAAUCUUUCUGCUAAUAUUGAAUAGGAUUAUUCAAAAUUAUGUAAAGAUGUGUGAUGACUUACAUUUGCUUUGUAAAAUAUUAGUUAAAGAAUCAGUUUACAGAAGGACCUUUGUAUUUAAUAUGUCUCCCUGCUAAUUUGUAUAGCGCUUUACAGAGGGUUCAGUGAGAGCUCAGUAAAAACUGUGAUUCCUUAUGGAACGGCUUUGGUACAAGGAACUCUGAAAUUGAUCUUUUCCUGGUGACCUUCUUAUGUCAAAAAGAAAAUUGGGAAGAGCAAUAAAAAAAAAGCUUGGUUGUCUUCAGAAACACAAGUGUUGAUUAAAUGACAUUGCGGGAUUUGAAAAAAAAAAUGUUGAUGAAUAGUUUCACAAGGGGAAAAAAAGCACUUUACCAGUGGAACUUUCUUGCAGUUUGACUCCAUUCAGUCAUCUUUUUUAACAAUUGGAGACAUAUUGAAUAAACUGUAGUCUUAAUCAUGUGAUCUGCAAUCAUUGGCUUAUGCUUUGAAAUUACUGAGAAAGCUGGUAUUGGUUGUAUAUGAUGAAUAGUUCCUUGAGUGAAUUGAGGACAUUGUGUGGAUUUUAUAAAAAUUUUAACACGGGGAGAGAAUGAUCAGGCAUCGUUUGUAUUUUCACUUGACCAGGCAACAUUUCAACUACAGCGGUUAGGGUUUAUUUGCUCAUAAAUAACUGGAAACCAGUUGGACUACGUGAGCACCAUUUUGCUUUUCCAUGUCAAACACAGUUCUGUGAUCUCUAGUAGCUCUGGAUACUAGUUUCUUCUGUGCCAAUUGACUUUUCAUAUUUUGUACAUUUUGCAUCUUGAGUUUGUCGCAUUUUCUGCACUGCUUUUGCCUUUAUUUAUGGAUUCUGCCUUACUUUAAAAAAAAAAAACAAAAAAAACAAAAAAAAAACACAAAACAUGCACAGAAAAGGGGGAAAUCUUAUGGAGUGCCUGGGUACCUCCAAAACGGAUAAAUUUGCCAAGUCAAAGGCACAACCAGCCAAAAAGUGCCUUUUUUUUGUUUUUACUUUUAUGUACUGUUGCCGAAACAAGAGCCGGCAGACAGCUUUUCACUGUUGUGCACUAAUCUUAAAAUUAACCAGUCAUUUCACUGUUGAAGUAAAUAUCCAAUAUGAUUUCAGUUGUACAGCUCUAUAACUUAUUGCAGGUUAGAGAACCAUUGUCAUAAAUUGCAUGUGCAGAGUAAGGAUGGCAUUGUAGUGGAUAUCACUUUUUUUCAAAACAGCGUCUUCACUGAAACGUGGCCGAGCGAGCGUGUUUUAUAAAUGUUUCUGAUACCGUGCUGGGAAAUUUUAAAUGUGAUGUUUUAAAUUAAUUUUGAAUAAAUCAUUUCUUACUGACA